GCUUAUCUGGAAUAAACAGCUAAUCUCUGAUAUUGCCCAUUAAAAGCUUAUAAAUUAACACGGGUAUCAAAUCACCACAAUUUCAGUCCCGCCGAACGCAAUGAUAACCUUCGCGGUAGCUCUCGUCUCGCUGGUGACCAUAGCCACGCCGAAUGACGCGUUGGUCAUCCCGCAUGAAGUGUCUGACAUGCGGCUGCUCGCCGGUAGUAAUUCAUCGGAGGAUGAUGCCCUACGAGCGAUGUUAGACGAAAUGGUCAAGUCACAGAUAUUAGAGAAGCUGAACUUGAAGGAGCCUCCAAGACCCUCCUCGGCUAUAAGGAGAAUGUCGAAGGAGGUGGUGCGACUCCUCGCUAAGGAAGCUGAUCAGCAGUUGAGGAAGGAACAAUCUGAAGAUGAAGAUAGUGUGGUGCUUUACGCAAAUAAUAGUGAUUUCAGGUGCUUGGAAACUGACGUAACAUUAUGCAAAAGAUUUGAAUUCGUUCUACCCAGCAAUUUCGUAUCAGCCACACCAAUGGACUUUUGGUUUUAUAAAGAAAACGAAUCAUUUCCAUUGUCGUUCCUGUUAUUCUUUUGUUCAGAUGAUCCAGAUAAUAUAUUUCACCAUCUCAUAUCAACAGACAAUGAAACUAAAUCUGGUUGGACCAAAGUGGAGUUGCCGAAGGAGCUGAUACGUGGUACAGGAACGGAUGAUCUAGUGUGUCACGUUGAAGUUAAUGGUUUAAAUGUCACAGAAGACGGCGACCGACGGCCUUUUCUUCUGGUAGCCAAGGACCCCGACAUACAAGCAAGGAAAAGAAGAAGCAACAGUGGAAACAACACCUGUCAACGUAAACCCUUCACUGUGAAGUUCAGUGACAUCGGCUUUGAUAGUUUCAUUUUAGAGCCUGCCCAAUACGUUGCGUAUUUCUGCGCAGGCGAAUGUUGGAAGGACAGGAGCAGUUCCAGAAGUUUCUACCAGACAGUCAUCACAGAGACAUUUGAGAAAAACAAGACUUUGGUGGACACGCAUGGUCUCUGCUGGGCCUCUUGCUGCAGACCAACCAGGUUCAGUCACCUGCAUGUUUUAUACGCGGAUGAGAAUUACAUCCAUAACAAGAAGUUAACUAACAUGGUUGUCGAAGCGUGUGGAUGCUCGUAGAAGGUAAAAUGGUUGUUCUGAGAUUAACUCCCAUCGGAACCUACUGUUACAUGACAUUGUUGCUUAUUUUAUGUAAACUGUGUACCUUUGAUAUACUGCAAUAGAGUCCCGAUUAAGGGUCUCUGCGGGACCAAAUCUUAGAUUUAAGAAAUGAAUGGCCAGUUAAUCAAAAGAAAAAAAAAAUAGCAUUCAGAGUAAAAAACGGAAGAAGUUUACUGUAAUAAUUUGCACAAAUAAGAAAAUUACCGCUGACUGCAAUUUUUUUGAAGCAUAGUCCAAUUUUACUUAUUAAUGUUGGAAUAACCUUCAACAAAAGUGAAAUUAAUGAUAAAAUUUUGCUUAUUUGAACUAAUUAUUAUGUUGACUUUCUUUAUUUUUUCUACUGUUAAACUAUAUAAAACUUUUUCCUAUAAUAUUUAUAGACUGCAAAUUAG